UUCAAGCUCCUUCCAACUCUGCUUCAUUUUCAAGCUGUCUUUUAUUUCCCUCUCUCUCACGGUCUCUCUCUACAUUCUAUAAAUACACGCUCUCUGCUUUCUCACUUUCUCUCUCUAAGGCCAUUAUCUUCCCCCCAUUUUUUUCCUACUACUAGAAUCUUCCUCUUUCCUAGGGUUCUGGUAUAUUUCUUUUCUUUUCUUUUCUUUUUUUUUUUUUUUUGUUUGGUCCCUUUUUGGUUGGUCGUUGCGUGCAGUGUCUCUGGUUCUAGGGUUUAUCGGAGUGUGGUUUUAAUAUAUCACACAGUCUUUCUGAUUAUGGCGGCCGAGAAGCUUAGGGAUUUGAGCCAACCGAUUGACGUAAGCUUGCUUGAUGCCACCGUUGCGGCCUUCUAUGGCACCGGAUCUAAGGAAGAGAGGACAGCUGCGGACCAAAUUCUACGGGACUUGCAAAAUAAUCCUGAUAUGUGGCUCCAAGUAGUGCACAUUCUACAGAACACAAAAAACCUUAAUACCAAGUUCUUUGCCUUGCAGGUUUUAGAAGGUGUUAUCAAGUAUAGAUGGAAUGCAUUGCCUGUAGAACAGCGAGAUGGAAUGAAAAAUUACAUUUCUGAUGUAAUUGUACAGCUUUCAAGCAAUGAGGCCUCUUUUCGGUUGGAGAGGCUGUAUGUCAACAAACUCAAUAUCAUAUUGGUUCAGAUUUUGAAGCAUGAUUGGCCGGCAAGAUGGCGAAGCUUCAUUCCUGAUCUUGUUUCAGCUGCUAAAACUAGUGAAACAAUUUGUGAGAAUUGUAUGGCCAUAUUGAAGCUUCUAAGCGAAGAGGUUUUUGAUUUCUCAAGGGGGGAGAUGACCCAACAGAAGAUUAAGGAGCUCAAACAAUCAUUAAACAGUGAGUUUCAACUCAUUCAUGAGUUAUGCUUAUAUGUUCUAUCAGCAUCACAAAGAACUGAGCUUGUACGUGCAACACUGUCCACAUUGCAUGCUUUCCUUUCAUGGAUUCCCUUGGGAUAUAUUUUUGAAUCCCCAUUGCUUGAAACGCUUUUAAAAUUCUUUCCUGUGCCAUCAUAUCGGAACCUGACUCUUCAGUGUCUAACGGAGGUUGCAGCUCUUAGUUUUGGGGAGUACUAUAAUGUACAAUAUGUUAAGAUGUACACUAUAUUCAUGGUGCAGUUACAGACCAUUCUCCCUCCUACAACCAAUAUUCCUGAAGCUUAUGCACAUGGGUCUGGUGAGGAACAGGCUUUUAUUCAGAACUUGGCUCUGUUUUUCACUUCAUUUUAUAAGUCUCACAUCCGUGUAUUGGAGACCACUCAAGAGAAUACAACAGCAUUACUCUUGGGACUUGAAUAUCUUAUUAACAUUUCAUAUGUGGAUGACACAGAAGUUUUUAAGGUUUGCUUAGACUAUUGGAAUUCCUUGGUGCUGGAGCUAUUUGAGGCACACCAUAAUCUGGAUAAUCCUGCUGCAGCUGCAAGUAUGAUGGGAUUGCAGAUGCCUUUACUUCCUGGCAUGGUAGACGGCCUUGGUUCUCAACUAAUGCAGAGGCGGCAGUUAUAUGCUGGUCCAAUGUCAAAGUUGAGAAUGCUUAUGAUCUGCCGUAUGGCUAAGCCAGAGGAGGUUCUGAUAGUUGAAGAUGAAAAUGGGAACAUUGUUCGUGAAACCAUGAAGGACAAUGAUGUUCUUGUUCAAUAUAAGAUCAUGAGGGAGACACUAAUAUACUUGUCACAUCUUGAUCAUGAGGACACUGAGAAGCAGAUGCUGAAGAAAUUAAGCAAACAAUUGAGUGGUGAGGAUUGGACAUGGAACAACUUAAACACAUUAUGCUGGGCAAUUGGGUCCAUAUCUGGUUCCAUGAUGGAGGAACAGGAAAACAGAUUUUUGGUGAUGGUCAUUCGUGAUUUACUGAAUUUAUGUGAGAUCACGAAGGGAAAGGAUAACAAAGCUGUAAUUGCAAGUAACAUUAUGUAUGUUGUUGGACAGUACCCAAGGUUUUUAAGAGCACAUUGGAAGUUCCUGAAGACUGUUGUUAAUAAAUUGUUUGAGUUCAUGCAUGAAACACAUCCUGGAGUUCAGGAUAUGGCAUGUGACACAUUCCUGAAAAUUGUCCAGAAGUGCAAGCGCAAAUUUGUUAUUGUACAGGUUGGAGAAAAUGAACCAUUUGUAUCUGAACUUCUAUCAGGCCUUCCAACAACUGUUGCAGAUCUAGAGCCUCACCAGAUUCAUACGUUUUAUGAAUCUGUUGGCCAUAUGAUUCAAGCAGAAUCUGAUCCUCAGAAGAGGGAUGAGUAUCUUCAGAGGUUAAUGGAGCUUCCUAAUCAGAAAUGGGCUGAAAUUAUAGGACAGGCACGUUUAAGUGUUGAUUUCUUGAAGGAUCAAGAGGUGAUACGGACUGUGCUGAACAUAUUGCAGACAAAUACAAGUGUUGCCAGUUCUCUUGGUACAUAUUUCUUACCCCAAAUCUCAUUGAUCUUUCUGGACAUGCUUAACGUGUACAGAAUGUACAGCGAGCUUAUUUCUAACAGCAUUGCAGAAGGGGGUCCCUUUGCAUCUAAAACAUCCUACGUGAAACUUUUACGGUCAGUUAAGAGGGAGACUCUGAAGCUGAUCGAGACUUUUUUGGACAAAGCAGAAGAUCAACCCCAAAUAGGCAAACAAUUUGUGCCUCCAAUGAUGGAUCCUGUUCUCGGAGACUAUGCUAGGAAUCUGCCUGAUGCUAGAGAAUCUGAAGUUUUGUCCUUGUUUGCCACAAUAAUAAAUAAGUACAAGGGUGCAAUGAUAGAAGAUGUGCCUCGCAUAUUUGAAGCUGUUUUUCAGUGCACGUUGGAGAUGAUUACCAAAAAUUUUGAAGACUAUCCUGAGCAUCGUCUAAAGUUCUUUUCAUUACUUCGUGCUAUUGCCACACAUUGUUUUCCUGCCUUGAUUCGUUUAUCAAGUCAGCAACUAAAGCUUGUGAUGGAUUCAAUUAUCUGGGCGUUUCGGCACACAGAGAGAAAUAUUGCUGAAACUGGAUUAAACCUAUUGUUGGAAAUGCUGAAGAACUUUCAGAAUUCUGAGUUCUGUAAUCAAUUCUACCGUACGUACUUUUUGACAAUUGAGCAAGAAAUAUUUGCUGUCUUGACGGACACUUUUCAUAAGCCUGGAUUCAAGUUGCAUGUCUUGGUGCUUCAACAUUUGUUUUGUCUGGUAGAAACUGGUUUGUUGACGGAGCCGUUAUGGGAUGUUACAACUGUUCCUUAUCCUUAUCCAAGUAAUGCAAUCUUUGUUCGGGAAUACACUAUAAAACUCUUGAGUACGUCGUUUCCCAACAUGACUGCAGCAGAGGUCACUCAAUUUGUGAAUGGACUUUUUGAGUCGAGAAAUGACCUCUCCACAUUUAAAAAUCAUAUAAGGGAUUUUCUUGUGCAAUCUAAAGAAUUUUCAGCACAGGACAACAAAGAUCUUUAUGCUGAGGAGGCUGCUGCUCAGAGAGAAAGAGAGCGGCAAAGAAUGCUCUCUAUUCCAGGUCUUAUUGCUCCAAAUGAGAUACAAGAUGAAAUGUUGGACUCAUAGGUCACUAAUAUAAAUGUGGAAGCUAAUUUCAAUGGAUACAGUGGAGCUGCGAUGGGUGCCCUUGAUUCAUUCUCCAAACUUUGGAUGGAUGUGAGCAGAUGCAACAUUUUUUCUUACCUCUACUUAGUUUCUGUUCUUUUCCCAGAAUUUUCUUUAGCUGAAACUAGUUAAUCAAUCACAAAGGCAUCCAUGGCACAAUGGUUUAUCUGCUUGGUGGGUACCGCUUAUGUCUAUUGGAUGGGUGUAGAGUAUUUAGUGCUGAUUUAGGAAACAUAUCGAGUCAUUUAGUAUGGUUUUUUCUGGAUCCAGUUGAUAUUUGUGCUCGACAGAUAGGAUUCAGACUCUGUUAAAUGACUCAUUUUGAGUAUUGAUGAUUCAUCUUUAGGCGGUAAUGUAUACUAACCUUGCUGGGUUGUGCAAAGUUUCCUUCUCCCUUUUUUUUAUUUUUUAUUUUUUUGGUUUAAUAUUCAUAGAAUGGGUUGCGUUUUAAUGCUUUGGUGUAGGGCGUUUAUUUUUUCUUUUUGUUUUACCCCAUAAACAAUCAAGUAAGAUCCAUGUACUGUUAUUGUGUUCAAUAUAUGGGUUUCAAUUGUUUUUCA